AUGUAUGGUCAACUACUUAUGGGUAUGUUUUAUAAAAGAAAAGCUGAGGCUGAUAAGUUGGAACUUGGACAGUUGGUGCCUAGUGUUUUGAAGUUGAUCAAGAAGAUGCAGAAAUGCACAGGUCACUUGAGAGUUAAUGGAGAAGUUUAUGGCAGGUUAUAUGAGGUGAAGAACAUUGAAACCAAUAUUCUAUUUCAAGUUGAUAUUGUUGACAAAACUUGCAGUUGCAUUCAGUGGCAACUUAGAGGAAUUCCUUGCCUACAUGGUGUAUGUGUACUGAUGGACAUGAGAAUUAAUUGGGAUGAUUAUUGCAACAGCUGCCAUCUGGUUGAUGCCAUGAGAGCUACUUAUGCUCCUGAGAUGGGUUUAUUGCUAGGCAGAGAAGAAUGGGAUGAGCCAGAAGACAGUUUCAAAAUGAGACCUCCUAUUGACAUCAGAAAACCAGGAAGACCAUGUAAGAAGAGAAAGAGAGCUUAUGAUGAAGGUCACACAGAGAAUAAGGUUAGAAGUUGUACAAGAUGCAAGACAAUUGGGCACAACAAGAGAACAUGUGCUGGUGCACCUGUUAGAUCUAAUCCAUAA